UAAAGCUUGCAUAAUAUAUAAUAACAUACUCGUAUAAUGACAUAAUAUCUAGUAAAUCUUAGUCUCGGCCUUUGAUUCUUUAAAAUAUAAAAAUUAUAAUACUAAAAAAUGUCAUAAGUGACCAGCUGUCAUAAUUCAUGUGAGAUGACUGAUGCUCAAUCUUCAAUGUAUUUUUAUAGUUUAUCGCUGUAUAGUGUUUAAUACAGAUUACUUUGUUAAUAUACUGCUCUUUGAUUUUAUGUUUUGGGGAAAAUAAUUUAGGUUUCGCAAAAUGUCGAAGCAUUCAUAAAAUUAGGCUCUGUGAAUAGUUGGUUGGUUAUCAAUUUCCCUAGCAAGCAAAUUUCUCACACUAUUAUAGAAUAUCGAUAAUCCAAAAUACUGUCAAGAUGGCUUGGUCGGCCGCGGCAAAUCACUUCCGACAAACUUGGUUAACUACUAUUAUGAGUUUGAUAUUAUUUUCUGGUGUUACUUAUUUUUUAUUUUGGGCUGAGGGUCAUGCUAUCAGGAGUAAUUUGAUGCUAGAAGAGCUCAUAUCUGCCGCACAGAGUGUAGAUGUUCAUACGCAGGAUGAUGCAGCACGGUAUGAAGAUAAGAUUGUGCAUAUAGUUGGACCCUUGAGAAUCUUAGAGCCAAUAUCAGAACCUGAUUAUAACAUACAGGUACAGGCUGUAAAGUUAAGAAAGCGUGUACAGAUGUACCAAUGGGUGGAAGAAACUACGGAUACAGAGAACUAUCUAAGUGAACCAGCUGAAGAAUCUCAGAAGACAUACUGGUAUCGUAAAGAAUGGAAGGACUAUGUUGUUGAUUCUGCUUUGUUUUAUAUUCGCCCUGGCCAUCACAAUCCCACAUCAAUGCCGAUCUUCAGUGAAACUCACAUUGCUGAAAAUGUAAAAAUUGGCUGGAUGUUUUUGGGAUUGGAUGUAAAAAGAAAAGUAAAUGAUUAUUACGAAAUAUGGUCAGAUUCAAGGCCAGAAAGGAAUGAUAUAAAGCUACAUUCAGGUUUCUAUUACCAUGGGAAUAGUCCACUGGAACAUGAGAUAGGUGACUUGCGCAUACAUUUCUCAUAUGCCGGCCGAGAAGAUGAUAUUUACACGGCGGUAGGAUUAGUGGAGAGGGGCACGCUCCAACCAUAUUCUCCCAAGAACUUUCCAUCUGCUGAUCCGAUUUCCCUAAUGCGAAAAGGUUCAUAUAGCUUAAAACAGCUCUAUGAUUUGGAGAAACGUGACGCCAAUACGCACACAUGGAAAUAUCGACUGCUCGGUUUUGUGCAAGUGUUUGCUGCGAUAAUGACCCUACAUCCAGAAUGGCUAACUCUAUUUCUCCAAUGUAAAUGGGUAUCCAAUAACCUUAGACGGUGUACGCGACUGUGGGUCAACUUAGUUUUGUCAUUUUCUUACACCCUAUUCGUCAUCUCCAUUCCUUGGCUGUUCCACAAGGCGUUGUUCGGCGCGCUCGCGCUCGGCGGCGCGCUGCUGCCGGUCGCGCACUACUCCACGCUGCUGGAGCGCGACUCGCGCCGCGCGCGGUACGAGGACCGCUGACGCAUGCGCACUGCGGUGCCGCACCUCGUCGAGAUGUGCGUGAUGGCGCUCACGUACGCGUUCAUUGCGUUCCAAUUCGUCGAACGAUGAGAAUUGCGUACACAAUCUAUUGCUAAUAUUAUAAAGCUGAAGAGUUUGUUUGUUUGAACGCACUAAUCUCAGUAACUACUCAGGUCAGAUUUGAAAAGUUCUUUCAGUGUUUGAUAGCCCAUUUAUUGAGGAAGGCUAUAUAUAGGUUAUAUUUGUACCACGGGCGAAGCCGGGGCGGACCGCUAGUCAAAUAUAAUUGUGAUAAAAUGGAAAAGUAUCCUAAUAUUUUUUGUCUGUAAAAUGUUUAAAAAACUUUAAUGUAAUGAAUUUUGUAAAAGAAGAUAUUGCCGUGAGGAAAAGUAAUGCUGUGUUACACGUUUAUUGAGAAUUAAAUGUUUCCCAUUAAAUAACCCCGAUUGACUAUUAUAUUGAAUGUAUGCAGGGUUCUGCCGCUAUAAAUGUCUACAUGCGGAAUAAAGAUACUCGUUUGGUGGUAAGAAUACAGUGAUUAGUUUAAACGACUCAAGUAGUAGAUCCUAAGAACUGAUGUAGAGGUAUAAACGAAUAUAUGUAGAUAUUAAUUGUAACUUGUAGUCUUAUAAGGAAUAUGAUUUUUCAAUUUUGAGAUCUUAGUAGUCGACGGACGGAGGUAGAUGAAACAAAUAUCAUGUUUUGUUUGAGCAUAGUUAUGUUUGAAUUUUUUUUUUGUCAUUUGAACAAAGAAUAAUUUUAUUAAUUGAUAUUCAUUCGUGUAUGCCACACGCAUGUGUAGUUUAUAAAUGUGUGACUAGCUGUGAAGAUAUUUCUUCGUUUUUAAAAAAUGCUGAAUUGAUUGGGCCGAAAUUCGGUUUUCUGAUGGCUGAAUGGCUGUUGGCUGAUGGUAGUUGAUAUAAAGUUUGUAUAUGUGUGACGCAUACAUAUCAUUUUAUCGUCACUGAAUGAUAUAAUUUCUCGUGUACAUUUUGUAUGGGUAAUAUGUUACUAAUAAUAUUUGCUGGCUUUAUACUUAUAUCCUUAUCCGUUACUAUGAAUAAUGAUUUUUUUAAUCAUAUAUUAGUAAAAAGUAUUACCCUAUCGAUGUAUUUUAAUAAAUUUCUGAAAUAGAUGUACUUAUAUUAAUUAUCUGUAAUAAAUUUAAUAUCAGGUUUGUAACGCUGACUACAUAUUGAAUGUGUAUAAUGUAGCUGUAUUAUGCAUUAGAUAAUUUGUACUAA